AUGCUGGAAAAUGUGCUGGAGGGGGUGGGGGGCAAUGUUUUUGAAGAGCCGGAAGAUCCAAGCAACAGGUCGUUAUUCUCUGAAAUUAUCUCUCCGAUUUCGGAUGUGAAGUUCAGCCACAGUGGGAGGUAUAUCAUGACCAGAGACUAUCUGACCAUCAAAGUUUGGGAUCUCAACAUGGAAAACCGCCCCACUGAGACUUACCUGGUUCACAGCUACCUCCGCAGCAAGCUGUGCUCCCUCUACAAAAAUGACUGCAUUUUUGAUAAAUUUGAGUGUGUGUGGAAUGGGUCAGACAGUGUCAUCAUGACGGGCUCCUACAACAACUUCUUCAGGAUGUUUGACCGAAAUAGCAAGUGUGAUGUUACUCUUGAGGCCUCGAGGGAAAACAGCAAACCCCAAGCUAUCCUAAAACUAGCAGUGUGCGUGAGGGGCAAGCAGAGAAAAGACGAGAUCAGUGUCGACAGUCUGGACUUUAGCAAAAAGAUCUUGCAUACAGCUUGGCAUCUUUCAGAAAAUAUUGUAGCAGUAAUGGCUACAAAUAACCUAUAUAUACUCCAGGACAAAACAUUGUUAUCUUUGGAAAUACGUGUGUGCACAGGGCCCAACCUGGCUGUGUUCGAAGCAAGGGGCCGGAGGCGGGUUCUGGGCACCAGCGGUUCCGACCCCCCCGCCCUCCACGCCGCACCCGAGUGGCCCCUAGCCGAGUGGGCCCCCACCUCCCGGCCGGGCCUGGGCCCUUCUGUGCCUCCCUUGGCCUUUGUCCGGCGCCAGGAGACCGGUCCCGCGCCCCCCGCGGCCGCCCGGGCCCGGGCCCGCGUCGGGCGCCUGGCUCUGUACGCGAGCCCGGGGAUCUGCGGCCUCCGAGGGCCCCCUCCCCCGCCCGCCCUUUCGUGGAGCCCGGCGCCGGCGGCGGCUGCCCGGGCGGGGGGUUGCGGUGCUCAGGAGAGGCCCCGGCUCCGCCCCGGGCCUGCCCAGGGGGAGAGCAGAGCGGUCCUCAGCCGGGUCGGGUCGGGGCCCCUCCCGGGAGGAGCGUGGAGCGGCGGCAGCGGCGGCGGCAGGUGA